AUGCAUGGUCACAGUGUGUUGCGUGACUUUGUGCGGGCGACAGAUAACGGUUCCCCUCCGAGGUUCACAGAUGUGUCGCUCACGGUGAAUAUUUUGGAUGAGAACGAUAACCCUCCCGUGCUGCAGAGCCCUCGUGGGUACAACGUCAGCGUCAGUGAGAAUGUGGGUGGCGGUACAUCUGUCCUGCGUGUUGUAGCGGCGGAUCGGGACAUUGGACCCAAUGCCAUGCUGUCGUACUACAUCACCGGCGGUAACCAGGACCUGACCUUCAGAAUGGACCGUAUGACAGGAGAGAUAGUGACCCGACCGUCACCUCCUGACAGAGAAAAACAGCAGCAGUACACACUCACUGUGACUGUGGAAGAUGACGGAAUGCCGCCUUUAUCAACGUCCACCAUCGUUUGGGUCCGUAUAAUUGAUGAAAAUGACAAUGCGCCUGAGUUUCCAGAGGAAGAGUAUGUGACGGAGCUCAGAGAGGGGCCAAACACUGUAGGAGCCAUUAUCGCAACAGUUACUGCCAUCGAUCCUGAUGAAGAACUCAAUGGAACCAUCCGCUAUGCCAUCUCCAAGGGCAACCUGGCCCAGACGUUCCAGAUCAAUAGCAUAACGGGUCAGAUUGUGGUCAUUAAGGAGCUGGAUUAUGAGAUCAGUAAUGGUCAUUAUGUGCUGACGGUCACAGCUACAGAUCAGUGUCCUAUACCUCAGUUCAGACUGACCUCCAGCACCACAGUCCUGGUGAAUGUGGUAGAUGUGAACGAUAAUGCACCCAUCUUCCCGAGACCAUUCGAAGGUCCGUUUGAAAUCACAGAGGGUCAGCCGGGUCCACGUGUGUGGACCGUUAAAGCAGCGGAUGCCGACUCGGCAUCCAACGGAAAAGUGGAGUACAGCAUCACCGCAGGGGACCUGAAAAAUGAGUUUGUCAUUUCAUCGGUUGAGGGAGAGUUACGAGUGAGGAGAGAUGUGGAGCUGGACAGAGAAACUAUCGCCUAUUACAACAUCACCAUUACUGCCAAAGAUCUGGGAACGCCAGCGCUCAGCGCUACGGUGGUAGUGAGCAUUCAGGUGUUGGACAUUAAUGAUAACGACCCCAUCCUGCUCAACUUACCCUAUAACACCAGCGUGAGCGAGGGAGCACCGAUCCACACCUCCAUCACGCAAGUGCGGGCACAAGACUCUGACAGCGACCGCAAUGCUCUCCUCACAUACAGCAUCACCGCCGGCAACAGUGAUGGAUCAUUCUACAUUAAUGAGACCUCAGGUGUAGUUCAGGUAAACAGGCCGCUGGACAGAGAGAGAGUGGCUGAAUACAGCCUCACCAUCACCGUCAAAGAUAACCCAGACAACCCUCGCAUUGCACGCAGGGAUUCAGAGUUGUUGGUGGUGACUGUGCUGGAUGUGAAUGACAACAGGCCCAUCUUCACCCAGUCCAGCUACAGGGGCGAGAUCAGUGAAAACUCCCCCACAGGCACCACUGUAUUGAUUCUAAACGGCCCAGUUCUAGCAGAGGACAAAGACAUUGGGGAGAAUGCGGUGGUGAGGUAUCGUCUCCUGGGAAACAGAGUGGACCUCUUCUCCAUAGACUCCCGCACAGGGGUGGUAUCGGCGCGUGCUGGUGCUGUGCUGGACCGGGAGGCUUUCUCUGUGCCGCGGGUGGAGCUGUUUCUGCUUGGGGAGGAUGUGGGAGGUUUAAACAGCACCGUUCCACUCACAAUCACCAUCCUCGACAUAAAUGACAACCCACCUGUCUUCAAUCCAUCCAGUUUCGCUGUACGCCUGCCAGAAAACAGCCCCACAGGUGAGAGAGACAGUAUCAACUGA